UGGCUGGCUCCGCCCGGACUACUUGCCGGGGGGAGUUAGUCCCGGCAGCGACCAUUCGGCAAUUUGGUUGCCUCUGCCACCGCCAUUUCGAGAGCCGCCGCCGCCUCAGCGUACCGGGGCUGUGGGCAGCUCGGUCCUGCGCCGCCCGCUUCAGCGAGCGGGCCUCUCCGCGACCGCGGCCCUUCCGCUGCCUCCACCGGAGCCUCACCGGCCCCCUUUCGCCAUGGCGACCUCCGUGGGGAACGUGGCCGACAGCACAGAACCAACGAAACGUAUGCUUUCCUUCCAAGGGUUAGCGGAGUUGGCUCAUCGUGAGUAUCAGGCAGGAGACUUUGAAGCAGCAGAGAGACACUGCAUGCAGCUUUGGAGACAAGAGCCUGAUAACACUGGUGUGCUUUUAUUGCUAUCCUCCAUUCACUUCCAGUGUCGCAGAUUGGACAGGUCUGCUCACUUCAGCACUUUGGCUAUUAAACAGAAUCCACUGUUGGCUGAAGCCUACUCGAAUCUGGGCAAUGUGUACAAGGAACGUGGACAGCUCCAAGAAGCAAUUGAACAUUACAGACACGCACUGCGCCUCAAGCCAGAUUUCAUUGAUGGAUAUAUUAAUUUGGCUGCUGCACUGGUAGCUGCAGGUGAUAUGGAAGGAGCAGUACAGGCAUAUGUAUCUGCCCUUCAGUACAACCCUGACUUGUACUGUGUUCGUAGUGACCUGGGGAACCUGCUCAAAGCCCUGGGUCGCUUGGAAGAAGCCAAGGCCUGUUACUUAAAAGCAAUUGAGACUCAACCAAACUUUGCAGUGGCUUGGAGUAAUCUUGGCUGUGUGUUCAAUGCCCAAGGAGAAAUUUGGCUUGCCAUUCAUCACUUUGAAAAGGCUGUAACACUUGACCCAAAUUUUUUGGAUGCUUACAUCAAUCUGGGAAAUGUCCUGAAGGAGGCAAGGAUAUUUGACAGAGCUGUGGCAGCUUAUCUACGAGCCCUGAGUUUGAGUCCCAACCACGCGGUCGUGCACGGCAACCUUGCCUGCGUGUACUACGAGCAAGGACUGAUAGACCUGGCAAUAGACACCUACAGGAGGGCUAUUGAGCUCCAGCCCCACUUCCCUGAUGCUUACUGUAACCUGGCCAAUGCCUUGAAGGAGAAAGGCAGUGUGGUAGAAGCAGAAGAAUGCUACAAUACAGCUCUUCGACUUUGUCCCACUCAUGCAGAUUCUCUCAACAACCUGGCAAACAUCAAACGGGAGCAGGGGAACAUUGAGGAAGCUGUCCGUCUCUAUCGGAAGGCUCUUGAGGUUUUUCCAGAGUUUGCUGCUGCACAUUCAAAUUUAGCAAGUGUCCUGCAACAGCAAGGAAAGUUACAGGAAGCUCUGAUGCAUUACAAAGAGGCCAUUAGAAUCAGCCCUACGUUUGCAGAUGCUUAUUCUAAUAUGGGAAAUACUUUGAAGGAGAUGCAGGAUGUGCAAGGAGCUCUACAGUGCUACACCCGUGCCAUUCAGAUAAACCCAGCUUUUGCUGAUGCCCACAGCAACCUGGCCUCUAUUCACAAGGAUUCAGGGAAUAUACCAGAAGCCAUUGCCUCUUACCGCACUGCUCUGAAGCUGAAACCUGAUUUCCCAGAUGCCUACUGCAACUUGGCCCACUGUUUGCAGAUUGUCUGUGACUGGACAGACUAUGAUGAGAGAAUGAAGAAGCUGGUUAGCAUUGUAGCUGAUCAGCUGGAGAAAAACAGACUGCCUUCAGUCCAUCCACACCAUAGCAUGCUGUAUCCCCUUUCUCACAGUUUUAGGAAGGCUAUUGCUGAGAGACAUGGAAAUCUGUGUUUGGACAAGAUUAACGUUCUGCACAAGCCGCCGUAUGAGCAUCCCAAGGAUUUGAAGGCCAGUGAAGGUCGACUUCGUAUUGGCUAUGUGAGCUCUGAUUUUGGAAAUCAUCCAACCUCACACCUAAUGCAGUCAAUCCCUGGCAUGCACAACCCAGACAAAUUUGAGGUAUUCUGUUAUGCUCUGAGUCCUGAUGAUGGUACAAACUUCCGUGUAAAAGUGAUGGCCGAAGCGAAUCAUUUCGUUGACUUAUCUCAGAUACCAUGUAAUGGCAAAGCAGCAGACCGCAUCCAUCAGGAUGGGAUACACAUUCUCAUCAAUAUGAAUGGUUACACCAAAGGAGCCCGAAAUGAAUUAUUUGCCCUGAGACCAGCACCUAUUCAGGCGAUGUGGCUGGGGUAUCCUGGAACCAGUGGGGCAUUGUUCAUGGAUUAUAUCAUCACAGAUAAAGAAACUUCCCCAGUUGAGGUGGCUGAGCAGUAUUCAGAGAAAUUGGCUUACAUGCCAAAUACUUUCUUCAUUGGAGACCAUGCCAACAUGUUCCCCCAUCUGAAGAAAAAAGCAGUCAUUGAUUUCAAGUCCAAUGGUCAUAUUUAUGAUAACAGAAUUGUUUUGAAUGGCAUUGACUUGAAGGCUUUCCUUGACAGCCUCCCUGAUGUCAAGAUUGUUAAGAUGAAGUGUCCUGACAGUUGUGACAACGCUGAUGGCAAUGCUGCCCUCAGUAUGCCCGUCAUUCCCAUGAACACAAUUGCAGAAGCUGUGAUUGAGAUGAUUAAUCGUGGGCAAAUUCAGAUAACUAUCAAUGGAUUCAACAUCAGUAAUGGAUUAGCAACUACUCAGAUUAACAACAAGGCAGCAACUGGCGAAGAAGUUCCACGAACUAUAAUUGUUACUACCCGUUCCCAGUACGGCUUACCGGAGGAUGCUGUAGUGUACUGCAACUUCAACCAGCUGUAUAAGAUUGAUCCUUCCACUUUACAGAUGUGGGCUAAUAUCCUAAAAAGAGUUCCGAACAGUGUGCUCUGGCUGCUGCGUUUCCCAGCUGUAGGAGAACCUAAUAUUCAGCAAUACGCACAAAACCUGGGUCUUUCCCAAAACCGAAUAAUCUUUUCUCCUGUUGCCCCCAAAGAAGAACAUGUGAGGAGAGGGCAGUUGGCUGAUGUCUGUCUAGACACUCCACUUUGCAAUGGGCACACGACUGGGAUGGAUGUUCUCUGGGCUGGGACUCCCAUGGUCACUAUGCCAGGUGAGACUCUUGCAUCCCGAGUUGCCGCCUCCCAGCUUACUUGCCUGGGUUGUCUUGAGCUCAUUGCCAAAAGUAGGCAGGAGUACGAGGAUAUCGCUGUGAAACUGGGAACUGACCUGGAAUACCUGAAAAAAAUCCGCGGCAAAGUCUGGAAGCAGAGAAUAUCCAGUCCUUUGUUCAACACAAAGCAGUACACAAUGGACCUGGAGCGGCUUUAUCUUCAGAUGUGGGAUCACUACGCUGCUGGCAACAAACCGGACCACAUGAUCAAGCCAGUUGAGGCCAGCGAGUCCGCAUGAAGGAGGGCUUCUGCCUGCCCACCCCACAACUCUCCGGGAACUGAGCCUCUCAAACACUUCUGCAGAGAUGAUGAGCUAAAAAACUGUGCAUUUCUACUUAAUCUGCCUGGUACUCUGUGGCUGAAGUAAUACACGAUGGUGAUUAAAGCACAGCCAGACUUAUUUCUUGCAUGAUAGGGAAAGACUCUAUAGAGCCUGGGAUCCUUUUAUUCCAUGAGGAAUUUGAGUGGGAUUGAGCCGUGUACACGUGAGCCAGUGUGUGUGAGUGACAUAGUGGUUGCUGGGGGAAGUUUGAACUGCCCAACCGAUUAUGAUUUCAUGGAUUGAUUUAAUCUUCCUACGAAUCUCUCUCCUUUUAUGUGGAUUGGGAACUGGAGCAUUUUAACGUUUGAUUAUUUUUUUUUUGGGGUACUCCUGUUGGUAGAUGUGUGGUUCUCUCAUGACGAGAUUUCCAGCUAACGAGUGUUGCUCCCUGCAUUAAUUUCUAAACUGUGUGGACUGAAAGGGCAUAUUUGCUGGUGUAGUCUUUUUUUUUAUAGGUUUUAUAAACCACUGAAGCCUAUAUCAGCCUUUUAAUGUUUUGACGUCUGUUUUGGGGCUCUCUGUAACGUGUUGGUUUAGAUAAGGACUCGGGGAAGGGGGGAAGGGAGGGAUUUGUUUCUUUUUAAGCUUCUCCUCUCAGUCUCUAAUUGGCUCCAUGACGGCAGCUCCUGUUCAGUUGAAAAAAAAAAACAAAACACAUUUGAUUUGAAAUGAAAUCUUCCCCACAAGUGUUUGAGGUAAACACAAACUGGUGCCAAAUACAGAUCUUUCAGGAAUGAUUGUUAAUUAUGUAUAGAGGUGCAGUCCUAGGUACUGUAGCAAAGACUUUAAACACAACAACAACAACAAAAAAAUAAAUAAAGCUUUGGUUUGCCACUUUGA